AUGACGGCGGCCGUGUGGGCGGGCGACCAGGUCCAGGGGCAAGGCGAAACCACCGACGCCACCCGGGGGAGGGCCAUUUACUCUGCAGAUGAUGGCAUGGCCGAGUUUGGGAAGAGCAAGGCAAGCCACGCGGCCACGAGCCCGGUGUGCUGGCUGGAGAUUGGAGGGAUAAUGCGUGAUCUAGAUACGACGCUGAAGCUGUGCUGCUGCGUAGGAGUGGCCCCCGACACAAAGGAAGCAGCGUCGGGUCUCGCCAUGCUGGCCACGGGGGUGUGUUUUGCGAGUUCAGCUGAGAGGGGGCUCGUCCGUCUGCCGUCGGGUUCAAGCCCCGAGAUCGAGAGCGAGAAGCAGAUGGCGAAGGAAAAGCGUGCGGCGCGCUAUGAGGUCGCCCUAGUAGAGCAGCUCUGA